AUGGGUAUUAAGGAAGCUGUAAUUUACUUGGAUAAUGAAUUUAAUACUUACUAUGCUGGGCAAACUAUUAAUGGAAGGAUAGAAUAUGUCUUUGAUAGCCCAAAAAAAGUUCGUGGUAUUCAUGUAAAGUUCAAAGGAGAAGCUCAUACGGAGUGGUCUGAAAGUAAACAAGAAGAAGAUACUCAAGGCAAAACGCAAACUACUGAUGUUAUGCAUACUGGAAAUGAAGAAUAUUUUCAAAUAUCUUAUUAUUUACUUGGAAAUAAUUCAGGUGGUGAAAUAGAAAUUCCAGCUGGUAAGCAAGUGUACAAUUUCACAUGUGCCUUGCCGCCAGUACUCCCAUCCUCUUUUGAGGGUCAGUAUGGCUAUGUUAGAUACACUAUUAAAGUAACUCUGGAUCGUCCUUGGAAAUUUGAUCAGGAGACUAAAAUUGCUUUCACUGUCAUCAAUCCUCUGGACCUUAACCUUAAUCCUUCAUACAAGGAACCAAUACACAUGCAAAUGGAAAAGACAUUUUGCUGCUUCUGUUGUACGUCACUUCCGUUGUCAUUGGAUGUGAGAGCUCCUGUGUCAGGGUACUGUCCCGGACAAGUGAUUCCAAUUCAAAUAGACGUUGAUAACAAGAGCAAUGUGGAUCUGAAUCUUGUCAAGAUAUUCUUGAGAAAGGUGGUCACAUAUAGAGCGACAACACCGUCUACUGUUACAAAAAAAGCGAAGGAGGUAAUAUUGACCAUUCAGCAGGGUCCUGUGCCAGCUGGCUCUACAAACCACUGGAAUAUAACCAUGGAGGUGCCACCUCUGCCACCGUCCAACCUUGUUAAUUGUAGCAUCAUUGAUUUAGAUUACGAUUUGAAGGUAGAAGGUGAGGUCUCUGGUAUGCACUUCAACAUGAAGGAUAAGAAAUAUAUAACAAUUGGAACAGUGCCGCUGAUAGGCAUGAGCGGCCAAUCUGUCCCUUCAGCUCCCCCGCCAGAUUUUGGAGCAAAUAAUCAGCCUGCUAUAUUGCCUGUAAGUCCUGGACAGCCUUCGCAACCAUCAAUUGUGCCUUCAGCCCCGGAUGGUAACACGGCGCCAGGUGCUUGGGUAGUCCCGGGUACAGCGCCCGGGCAGCCGCCUUUCCAGUCGCUCUACCCCACUUUAACUGAACCAGUGUAUAAGGAAUCUCCGUACACGGCGCGUACAAUACAAGACCGCGGCGAUAGCAACUACGUGACUAUAGCGGGCCCGCCAAAAUUCGCCCCUUACUACCCAACAUAUGCCGCUGUUCAGCCCCCACCAUUACCACAAUAA